GAAUCAGUAAGGACGAAGUUAGUUAUUCUUGGAAAUUGUCCAUAGGCAAAGGCCCGGGCAAGAUUGUUUUAUUGUUCUGUUUAUAUGUUCGUGUCCUUUUUAAUAUCGCCCUUCUUUUUAUUUUAAAACAUUUCUGAGGACACCAGAAUGGCUACAUCGUUAAGGUACAGAGAAAGAAAUUCUCCAUCAACAAGCUCGGAAGGUUCAAUCCCAUUUGGUGUGGGAUACUUGCCACAAAGUUAUGGAGAAAAUGUCCUGGAUGAAGAAGAUUCUGAUUGUUCAGGAAAAUAUGAUGAAUUCCCAAAAUUAUACAACGGAUCUUUUUAUUUUUAGAUUCAGCUCUUUACAAUACUUACGUUUUUUGCGAGGAACGUAUGCUGGCUAUGAAACCACUAGGUUUUCAACCACUUCAGAAUCUGAAGUAGACAGUGAAGCUUUUUCUCCUAGCAGAUCAAGUCCUAGGUUAUCUAAUGCUGCCUCAGUUACAACAACAAGUGAUGAGAUUAAUGAAUCUGAUGUACAGUAUGAAAGUGAUAGUAACUGCCUGAUACCAAGGAUUGAAGAAUUACAACAAGUCAGAAACUCUACAACAGGACUAAUUACAUACCAGUUUGUGCCAAUAUACACAACACGAAUUUAUGACGAAGUUUUUGAAUAUGAAGCUGAUUCAGAACCAGAGUCAGAGCCUGCAGAAAACAGUGAUUUUGGGGAAUGUCAAAACACACCUAAAUGGAUAGGACAAAAGGAUGAUGCAGAAGAUGAGCUAUCAGAAUUAUCAGAAGUGUUUUUUGAAAAAAAAUGGGACUGCCCAAGUUGUUAUAAUAAAAACCAUUCAAUGAGUAAUAGAUGUGCACAAUGUUUUCUUUUAACAGGAAAUUCUCUGAAAAGGUCAGUUUCCAGUCCACCUCUCAUUGACACAGACAAAAAAAGACAGUUUACGAUGCCAUCAUCAACAAUAACAUCGCGAGACAUGAAUUUAUCAAGAACUUCUAACGUUACAAAAGAAAAUAAUAUCAACGAUAGUGGUUUUGAAAGCAUGUCCAGUCAGGAAUUAACCGUGGAAGGUAAUACCACACAAUCUGAUGUCCUUGAUACAGCAUUGUCUGACGUGCAAAGUACGUGUUCGUGUCCUGUGGAUAGUAAAUUGCAAGAGAAUGUUAAGCCAGUGAUAUCAGAAGCACGUAUCGAUACGAAUGUGCUAAGCAGAAGAACGAAUUCUUCGACUCCGUUUUUGAUACCACACAGUUUGCAAAAAACACCAACUAUAAACAAUACAUCUAGCCCGGAUAAUUUCCAAUGUACAUCCAAAACUGAUUUGCUACCAAAAAAAACUGCAGAUGAUGAACAGGAUUCUUUUGAAUGUGAUAAUUUGAUUUUUUUAAAACCAGAGAGUGAUCCGUUUUUUCAGCAAAAGUGUUGCGUGUGUCUUGAAGGAGUGCGUAAUGCAACUUUUAUUCAUGGUGAUACUGGACACCAAUGUUGUUGUUAUGAUUGCGCGAAAACUUUGAAAGAAAUGAAAAAGAAAUGUCCCAUAUGUCGCAAGAGAAUUGAUCAUGUUAUAGUUAACUAUUUUUGAAUUUUUAAAAUCAAUCUAUGCCGUUGUAAAUGGAAAUUUACUGAAAUAUAAAUUCAUCUUGUUUUUUA